AUGACUUCAAUCGGCAAUUCCCCAGAGGCACUGGCUCCGCCGAAGCACCAAGCAUUAUACUCCUCCGAGUCGUCCCCGAACAUCGCUGCCUCAGACUCCCCCUCACAAUACUCGUCCUUCUCCAGCUCCGACAGCGAUGAUCCGGUUCCCCUCUCCGUCGCAGACGCCGACGAAGAUGCAGCUGGCGAUGUGGUCGGGGUCAGCAUUGGCCGCCAACAAAGCCGCAUGAAAGCACGCGCAACACCCCUAGAAGAGAAGAACCGCAUGUUGGAGAAGCAGGGGGAAUAUUUCGCAACGAUCCCGGAUACAGUCGGCGAAGAUGGCCUCUUCGCAUCGCAAAUCACCGCCGAGCCGGAGCCCGUGGAACCCGUGUCCGAACCCGACGUACAACGAAAAGAGCGCACGAGUCCUUCUCUUCAGGCGCAGCCGCAGCGCCGUGUCCAACAUGGUCCCCGUAGUGAUCUUUUUGCUCCGGGUGCGGGCAAGCCCCUGGCUACGGCGGAGCAUAAGGACACGGCUGUGAGCCAUCGAACCAGUUUUGUUGGUAACUUGUUGAAGACGUCUUUGCCUCGUCGGCCGCGGGCUUGGUCUGGCGAGUUGAAGAAGUUCUUGCCGGACUUGGCGUCGCUGAGAAAGCGGCCUUCGCUCUCGUUUCGCGGCUCGGGGAAUGGGCAGAAUCGGUCGCGUAGCCAAACUGUGGCACCUGCUGCUAAGAAGAACUUGGAGCAGAAGAGAACCUCGUCGCUGGAUCGGCGGUCUCCGUCUUCACGGCGGGGGCCAAGGGGACCUAAUGGAUUCAGCAAUGACGAUGAUGGAGAAGCAAACCAGGCACUUUCUGAGCUGCGGUCGCCUGAUGGAACCUCGGCCGCGAAGCAUUCUUUUGCUCGACGCCCCAGCACUGCUAUGCCAGGUCGGCCACCGAGUCUGAGGAGGUCAUCCUCUGAUCAAUCGCUAUACCUGCGCGCUUCGUCAACGGCAUCAUCUCUGGAGCAGCGACCAUUAUACGAGAAUGUGCACUCUCAGGUGAACAGCAGAUUCAAGGCGAUCAAGGAUAGUUUCCAAGAUUCGAGUAGCAAGCUACUCAGCAUGCCGACUCUUCAUGACAUUCGCUCAGAUUGGGGUUCGCGUCAGUUCUUGCCGGAGCUCGGUAAUGGCUCACAUUCUACUUUUAAUAGCAAUGACAAUAAAGAAACAUCCCAGCGAACUGCGAGCCCGCCACCUCCACGGAACAAUACCAACCCCACACAUCCCAUUUUGGAAGAAGCCAUGGCUGAACUCACGGGUGAUGUUGUCAUUCUGGGAGGAUAUCGAGGGUCAAUCCUGCGGUCGGCCAAACCGCCUCAGCGACAGCUUUGGGUUCCCAUGAAGGUUGGCUUGAAUCUGCGAAAAGUGGAUCUAGAGGUCGGUCUGAACCCAGAGGAUGAAGAGCGCAUGGAAGAGACAAUCAUCCCAUCAGGUGUUCUCUCCCAUGUUGGACCUGUGGACGUCUGCCGACGAUUAAUGAAGCGACUGCGCAAGAGCGACAAUGCCCAGCAUGGAGACCUCCGUGUUCAUGAUUACGGCUACGAUUGGCGAUUGAGCCCUGAGCUUCUGUCCCGCAGACUUAUCGCUUUCCUAGAGGGGUUGCCCUGUAACCAGCCACAACCAGAAGGCUCCGAGGCACCCCGUGGAGCGACAGUCAUUGCCCACAGCCUGGGAGGCCUCAUAACCCGACACGCAGUCAACGAACGACCGGACCUCUUCGCGGGUGUCGUCUACGCAGGUGUACCCCAGCACUGCGUAAAUAUCCUCGGACCCCUCCGCAACGGCGAUGACGUCCUGCUCAGCUCCCGCGUCCUUACAGCACAAGUAAACUUCACCUUCCGCACCAGCUUCGCCCUCCUCCCAGAAGACGGGCACUGCUUCAUCGACAAGCAAAGCAAGGAAGAAUUCCGCGUCGACUUCUUCGACGCCAACACCUGGGACGAGCACCGUCUCUCGCCAUGCAUAGCCCCAGCCCUCCCAACAAACGGCAGCCUAACAAACCGCGGCCUAAAAGACCUACCCAUCAUUGGCAAGCGCUUCUCCAUGCCUCCGCGCGAUGAUUCAGACGAAUCUCUCGUCCAAGAGGCCAGCAACCUCUCAGACACUCACCAACAACCAGUUUCAACAACAGACAAGGACAUAACAGCCCGCAACCCUCCCCAUCCAUCCGCCUACCACGCACCAAUCCACUCAAACACAACCCCAACCCCGUCUUCAGUGGCAGCCUACGCAUCGGAAAAGGCCCACGGCGCCACGCACUUCCCAGCAGACGGACUAGUAGGACCAGUGCAGCAUCCCCGCGGCAGCUCAGCAACAACAAAAGCAGCAACAACAAGCACAAUCCCACGCGGCGCAGCAAUAGAAUAUCUCCAACGCACGCUCUUCGAAACAAAACGCUUCAAAUCAAACCUUGCUUUCAGACCAACUCACCACUCAGAGAAUAAGUACCCGCCAGUAGCAGUGUUAUACGGUAAAACCGUACCGACAGUCUACGGCGCACGGGUCGUCUCCCGCGAAGGCAUUAAGCACAUUGAUGCGUAUGAUGAUCUGGCAUUUGCGGCUGGUGAUGGUGUUUGUCUUGCCUCGGCUGCUAUGCUCCCGCCUGGAUAUCGGAUUAUCAAGGAUGGGUUGGUUAAGAGUGAUCGGGGGCAUGUUGGAUUGCUUGGGGAUCUUGAGGGAGUCGGGCAGUGUCUGAGAGCUAUUAAUAGGGGACGGAAGGAGGGUGUUGGGCUUGGUGAGAAGGAAUUGUGA